CUCGCGAGAGUUGCCGUGGUGCGCGGGGCCUCGGUUUCCCACAACUCCCCGCGUCCGGCGCUCGGCCUUCCUUUUUCCGCCAUCUUGCUGCGCGGGCAUCAUGGUGCGCAUGAAUGUUUUGGCAGAUGCUCUUAAGAGUAUCAAUAAUGCAGAAAAGCGUGGAAAGCGUCAAGUUCUCAUAAGACCGUGCUCUAAAGUAAUUGUCCGGUUCUUAACUGUGAUGAUGAAGCAUGGUUACAUAGGUGAAUUUGAGAUCAUUGAUGACCACAGAGCUGGAAAGAUUGUUGUUAAUCUCACAGGCAGACUCAACAAGUGUGGUGUGAUCAGCCCCAGAUUCGAUGUCCAGCUGAAAGAUUUGGAAAAGUGGCAGAACAACCUGCUACCUUCGCGUCAGUUCGGAUUCAUUGUGCUGACAACUUCAGCUGGCAUCAUGGACCACGAGGAAGCUAGGCGAAAACACACAGGAGGAAAAAUCCUGGGAUUCUUUUUCUAAACUUGUAAAAAAAAGUCAUACUAAUAAAUCGUUCAGAUGGGCUCUGCA